AUGGCGGCGGCGUCGACGCAUCUUGUUGCGGUGGCGGUGGUGCUCGCGGCGCUGGUGGGCGGCGCAUGGUGCGGUCCGCCCAAGGUUCCCCCGGGCAAGAACAUCUCGGCAGACUGCGACGGCAAGUGGCUGGAGGCCAAGGCGACAUGGUACGGCAAGCCGACAGGCGCGGGGCCCGACGACAACGGUGGCGCCUGCGGGUACAAGGAGGUGAACAAGGCUCCCUUCAACGGCAUGGGGGCGUGCGGCAACUCGCCCAUCUUCAAGGACGGCCUCGGCUGCGGCUCCUGCUACGAGAUCAAGUGCGACAAGCCCGCCGAGUGCUCGGGCGAGCCCAUCAUCGUCUACAUCACCGACAUGAACUACGAGCCCAUCGCCGCCUACCAUUUUGACCUGGCCGGCACGGCCUUUGGAGCCAUGGCCAAGAAGGGGGAGGAGGAGAAGCUGCGCAAGGCGGGCAUCAUCGACAUGCAGUUCCGCCGCGUCAAGUGCAAGUACCCGGCCGACACCAAGAUUGCCUUCCACGUCGAGAAGGGCUGCAACCCCAACUACCUGGCGCUGCUCGUCAAGUACGCCGCCGGCGACGGCGACAUCGUCGGCGUCGACAUGAAGGAGAAGGGCGCCAAAGAGUACCAGUCCCUGAAGCACUCUUGGGGCGCCAUCUGGAGGAUGGAAGCCCCCAAGCCGAUCAAGGGCCCCAUCUCCAUCCGCAUCACCAGCGAGGGAGGCAAAACGCUCGAACAGGAGGAUGUCAUCCCCGAAGGCUGGAAGCCCGACACCCUCUACCCCUCCAAGCUCCAGUUCUGA